GGUAUGCCUUGCAGUAAGAUGACAGGUACCUAGGAAUAUCGGCGCCUAUCGAUAAGGCCGAUGCCAGCCCCUGCUUUAUCGCAUAGAGGUACCUAACCUACCUACCUAAGGUACCUACCCUAUGUACCUAGGCAGGCACGUACCUCCCUCCGUGUGUACGCGUAGGCACAGCGACAACCGCCAGGUCAAGUCAGCCGGACCUUGGAGCAGAGCGCGGUAAAGACGUCAAGAGAACUGAUAGCGGCGGGACAGCCUUCACGCGACCACCCCUGAGAUAGCACCUCCAAGAAUGGACUCCCAGCAUCGCGGCCCUCGGCCUAUGCGGCUCCUAGGAACGCCUUUUUCCUACGUCUCGCGAGCAUUAAUCGCAUCCUCGUAUCCUCUUCGCGGCAUCUACUACUUCCUACGUCGCCCGGCUUACUAUCCUCUAUUUGUCGGCCGGCUACUUCCCCUGUCCGUCAUCUCGUUCCUGGUCUAUACGAUCCUCUUCACAUUCACCUUCCUGCCUCAAUAUGCCUUCCUAGCCAUCUUCCACGGCUGGGGCGCGUGGGUCAACGCGGUGGUGCUAGUCCUCGGCGAGGGCCUGGUCAUCAUCCAGGGCCUGUUCGAGGGUUUCUUCGUCGACGAAUGUCGGGUCGAUGUCUUCGAUGCGACGCUCCUCGACAACGGUCUAGAGAGCCUCGUUGCGCCGCACCGAAUCCUCUUCCUCCAAGCGCCAACCUCCGUCAAGAAGCUCGGCAAGCCGACGACCCCGGCCGUCUACCAGCCGUGGAGCCUGAUCCAGAUCGUCGAGCUGGUCGUAUUCCUACCGCUCAACCUCGUCCCUUACGUCGGUAUGCCGGCAUUCGUCAUCAUCACCGGCGCCCGCCUGGGGACCUUUUCGCAGUAUCGAUGGUUCGCGCUGAGGGGCAUGACGAAGAAGGAACAGAAGAGGGAGGUCCGGAGCAGGAUGUGGGAGUACACUUGGUUCGGCACCGUUGCGAUGCUGCUCCAGCUGAUCCCCGUUUUGUCCUUCUUCUUCCUCCUGACUUCGACGACAGGCGCGGCGCUCUGGACGGCCAAGCUUCAGCAGCAGCAGCAGCAGCAGCAGCAGCACCAGGCGAGGGCGGUACAUGCUUCUGGCCCAGCCCCCACUCCCGCGCCGACUCCGGCGGCUCCACGAGAGCAUGGCCCCGAUGAACCUCCUCCACCAUACGUGGACAGUCCUAUGUGAUCCCGGGUGGUUAGAAGUUGAAUUCAUGUGUUGACUUCCCUCUGUCGGGACACGCCUUAGUUGGUGAAGGUUACAUAUUAAUGCAAUACCUACCUAAAUGAAGUGCCACCACGGACUUCCCCGUUGAGGACGAGGGAGAGCAGGCAUACUUGCCCGCAUACAGACUGUCAACAGUAGCCGAUGCAU